CUUCCAGAGCGGUUCGUGCGAAAAAUAUUUCGGGUUUGGGUUUCCAGUAUCAAAAAGUUUGCUGGGUGGUGAGGUUGAGGAUACGUGGAUUCGAUCCGGGAGUUGCUCAGCUAUGCGGUACUAUGAAAAUCCAUGUGGCUAUCCUGCUGGCCAUUACCAUGGUCGUCCAAAUAUCGAGAUUGAUGUGGUUCCCAAUUGGGGUGGCGCAUUCUAUCCGCCGCCGCCUCCGCCCGGGCCCGCCGAGAUUGUAUACGUAAGCCCGGCGGCCACCUAUGCCCCGGGCACCCAGGUGGUGAUGCCCCAGCCCUACGGAGGAGUGACAGUGGCCACCAAUGCGGGAUACUAUCCCCAACAGUACCAGUACCAGCAGUAUCCCCAGCCCUACAAUCCAUAUUCGCAAUGGUAAAGCCAAAUUUCAUCAGGAAAAACGAUCCUCACAUACAAACCCAACGAAAACAAUGUUCCAAUCCCAAAAACAAAUGUUUUUUCGAUGUUACCAAAGUGUUACCAAAACGAAAGAUAACGAAAAAGUCUUGUUGCCUUAAAGUUAAUUUUUUGUCAAUGACAAAACAAAACAAAAAGGUGCAGGCGAUACGGUUCCUACUGAUAAGAAAGACAAUGGUUUCUGAUAAUUUUGUAUAAAUAAAUACGGUAGUAAUCUAUCAAUAAAACCAA